UGCAUAAAAAAAAUGAAAUUGGCGGGAACCGAAGUUUUUUAACAUUCUGUUAUUUCUGUUACUUUCUGUUUGGUUUUCGAUUUCUUACCAUGACGGGAGUACAAAAAGUUUGUUUAAAUAAUUUAAACAUAAACAUUAAGAAUGCUUUUGUGAUUGGCAUAAUUAUAGCUAAAAAAUGUCCAAGAACCUUUAGUCCCAAAGAGAAAAGUAGCGAAUUACGAGGUGUGAUGUCUUUCACUAUAAGGGAUUCCCAAAUUGAUACAAUAAAUGUCGAUGUGUGGGGUUCAGUUGACUUUGUAACGACUUUUUAUAAUAGAUUCAUCGUUGGAGAUGUCGUUGAAAUUUAUUCGCCAAAAAUUGGCGUCAAAAGUGUGGCAGAUGAUUUCUUUCAACCACAGGUAUCAUCUCCAUUUUACCUAUCUAUCAACGAAGGAUCCUCCGUCGUGAGUACUUUCAGUGGCGAUACAGGUGCGUAUUUACCGCUUCUCCAUAUUCCGAGUAAAUCAUCAGCGGGCUGUGGUCUCGCUGAAGUAAUGACAUUUACUGAAGGAAAUGGAAAUAUUUAUGUAGACUUGUUAGUUGUUGUGAAAUCUGUGCAACCUGUGAAGAUGAUAAAAACUAAACUCGGUGUGGAAAUGCCGGUACGUGCUGUAGAAAUAGUGGACAACACAACGCCCGCUUCUCUCUAUUUGGAGAUGUUUGAUACCGAUACUAUUCAAAGGGCGGAGGAAUGGCGUCCAUUAGGAAGCGUGUUGUUUAUCGCGGACGCGCGCGUGUCGUGGCGCGGUCGUGGCGCGCGGACGCAGGUGUGCGGGCGCAGCGUCGUCACGCAUCAGCCGCACACUUCUGACGCUGAGGCGCUCAGACUCUAUAUACAAGACCGAGCUGCGGGUGGUGAGGCGGCCGUGUGGUCGGAGUGGAGCGGGCAGCGCGCGUGUGCCGCAACCGUGGAGCAGGUGCGCGACCGCCUCGCUGACGGCGCGCCCUUCUGUGCCUCGCUUCAUGCUCUACUCACACAUCUCGACUUAGACGAUCUGAUUAACUCUACGGACAAUAACUGUGAAGAGUUAAGAGUGCGCUUCGCCGAUCACACCGGGGAACUGACCGCUUGUCUUCCAGCAAAUAUUUUACAGAACACGUUAGGUUACACGACGCAACAGUUAAAAGCGAUGUCGUCAGAAGAACGGGCAGCUGUCCGCUGGCGCCUGCUGCUGGAGCAGUGCUGCGCCAAGUUGGCCGCCACGCCGCCGCGCCUCAUCGUGCUCUCUCUGCGCAAAGCCAACCCUGCCGACCCUAUACCACUUUACUAAGUUUAAUGUUGCCAUUCAUUGAUUCCUUAAUAAACUCUAAUGUAGGCUAAUUAAUGACGAAAACCUUUUCGUUAUUGUCUAAACAUAGACAUAAAUAAAAAAAUUACUUACUAAAGUUAUUUUAUUGCUCCUUUUCAAAGAUUCAUACAUUCAUAAAAGUGAACAUAUUUAGCUUUUGCAAAAACACAUACAUUUUUAUUCUAUUCGUACAAACCAAUUUAAUGAUCAGAA